AUGGUUGUGAGAACUACCAGUAACUCAGGAAAGUCAAGCUCAAGUGUUAUACUUCCCCUACCAGAGAAUGUGAAAGAAUAUUUGCUGGAUGAUGGAACGCUUGUGGUUUCUGGAAGAGAAGAUCCACCAAGUCAUGCUCAGGAGGGGAGUGACGAUGCAGAGGAAAUACAGUGGUCGGAUGAUGAGAAUACUACAACACUUAAGGCACCAGAAUUUCCUGAGUUUACAGCUAAAGUUCAAGAAGCAAUAAGUUCCUUGGGUGGUAGUGUUUUUCCUAAACUUAACUGGAGUGCUCCAAGGGAUGCCUACUGGAUAGCAAUGAACAGCUCUCUGAAAUGUAAAGCUCUCAGUGACAUCUUCCUCCUCUUCAAGAGUUCAGACUUCAUAACUCGUGACCUCACUCAACCAUUUAUUCACUGUACUGAUGAUUCCCCUGAUCCUUCCUUGGGCUACGAGCUUGUUCUUCGCAAAUGGUGUGAACUAAUCCCUGGCGCAGAAUUCAGAUGCUUUGUCAAGGAAAACAAGCUUAUAGGUAUAUCGCAGAGGGACUACACUCAAUACUACGAUCAUAUCUCUAAGCAACAUGAGGAGAUCUGUAGAUCAAUACAGGAGUUUUUCAAGAAACACAUACAGUAUAAAUUCUUGGAUGAAGAUUUUGUUUUUGAUGUGUACAGAGACAGCAGGGGUAAGAUUUGGUUAAUAGAUUUUAACCCAUUUGGUGAAGUAACAGACUCCCUGCUGUUUACGUGGGAAGAACUGAUCUCUGGGAAAAACUUGAAAGGAGAGCAGGGUGAAGGGGAAGCAACAGAACAGGACUAUCCAGUUUUCCGUUGUACGAACAGUAAAGUUACUGUCCAGCCUAGUCCGUACCUGAGUUACCGACUACCGAAAGAUUUUGUGGACCUUUCUACAGGCGAGGAUGUUCACAAAUUAAUUGACUUUCUUAAACUGAAAAGAAAUCAGCAAGAUGAUGACUGAGGUAUCAAGAAGCAUUACAUUGAAUUACAAGCAAGAAACGUGGCAAAAGCUAUAUUUAGCGUAACUAUUAAGCUAUCGAUUUAAAGAAAACCUGCUUUUUAUAGUCAAUGAAAGAACUGAAGAGCUGUUCAUCCCGUGUGUCUGAUGGUUUAUAUAAAAGUGUAGAAAAGCUUUUUCAGGGAAACGUGAAAGGUCAGGGUGAGUUCUCACUGGAUUCCAGGUUAAAUGCAAUUAUACCAUGGUGCAAGCAAGCAACAAUCUGAGUGCAGCUGAACGACUGCUUUCCCAUCUCAUAAUGUGAAGAUUGAUGCCACUGAAGUACGCCAUUGGACUCUUCAGCGAUAAAUAUGACAGCAUUUAAUGCUUGUGCAGUUAAAACAUUAAGCAUUCUCUGAAUUUUGGCGUAGUCUUGCUUAAAAUGUAGUAUAGUCACAAGGAAAGGAAUGUACUUUUUCUCUGUAGUAACCUUUUAAAAUUGUAUAUUGACUUUGUUUUGGGAGCACUUCUCAUCCUUCCUUUAUGUAAAAAAAGAGGGGGGAAAAAAAAAAGUGGAGAAGGGAUUUUUUUUUUUAUUUGUUAUGAGGGCUAAUACUUCAUUUCAGAGAACAGCUAUAGCUAUAGUAGACUACUUAAGGUUUGAAAAUUUUGCAUUUCAGGAAUUUGAAAUUCUGAAUGCAUUUCAAGUAAAGUAAUAUUUUCACAGUGGCUAAAGCUAUGAAAUUUGUUAAACUUCAAAUUUCACUUCACUUUCAUAGUAAAGCUUUCUUGAAACUUAUUUUUUAACAUGAUUACACACUAGACAUCAUUUGUGGCUUUAAUAUAAAUAGUUAAACAUAACAUCAACCUGUAAUUUUAUGUGUGGACUCAGUCUCUGUUUCUAUUGUAUCACGUCUCUGAGUUUCUUAAGAAAAUGAUUCCUCUUUCAGCUCUUAAAAUUCUGUAUUCAUUUGGUGAUACUUCAUGUUUUUUGUAUAAAAGGAAGCUUGGCUAAAUUUGGGGAAACAGAAGCUCUUGUUACCGAUUGCUGUUAUUUGGGAGGUGGGUGGAGGAGAGUUUCAGACGAAGAACCAACUAACUCUUGGAUGUAGGUGUUCGCAUGGCAUCAGUAAUUUCUUCAGUGUGCACAAUUCCUCCUGAAACAAAAGGACAUUUGGAGGUGCUCAUAGCCCCUGGAAAUUGGUUCCUAUUUUGAACCAGUUAUGUGAUACUUUGUGUGUGUAUAUAAAGCUGUUCAUGUUUCUUUGCCUUGCUUUUGCUGUCAAAUUGAUACAGUACUCAGUUACAAUCUGUUCUUAGAUGUUAAAUCUGAGCUUAGAUGUUAAAUUAUUACUUACUGUCCUUAUUUAGCUUCAGUUUUGAAUACUUACUCUGGCUAAAGAUUAUGCAGAUUAAGAAUCCAGUUCUACCAAAUACAUUGAUGAAACAUCACAGAUUAAAGCUCCUGCAGUCUGAGAGUACAGGAUCUGCCCUACCCUUGAAGUGGAAUCUCCUUCUCGAUAGCUUUUUGUACACAAAUUAGAUUAUCAUUAACUCAGGGCUGGGCUAUACCUAAUCCUGCUGUACUGCAGGACUUUGGAUGAGUUUAUCUCACCCUUACCAGAGGGAUUAUUUGAGUAUAGAUGUCUCUUUAGAGACAUUUAGAUCAGGUAGGAACUUCAAAACGUAAAAAGUCAACAAAGCUUUCCUUUUUCUUUUAAAGUUUCUAGCCAUAACUUAAACUAUCGUGAUGAUCUAACCACACUUCUUUUACACAGAUAAUGCCCUGGAAUUUCCAGCAGAUUCAUAAACGCUUCUGAACUACGGAGUAUUGUUUUUAAAAAAUACCGAUUCUUGGUUUAAAGCUGUAAGAUAGUUUCCUGCAUCUUUUUUGUGGGCUCCACUAAUUAAUUUACCGUUAUCACAGCUUUCUGUGCUGGAUAUCCACCAGAACAUAUAUGGUGUUGGGACCAGUUUGAUGGGACCCUGUGCACUCUAGAGUGUUCCUUUAGGUGAGUGGGCUGGAGCGGUAGCCUUUUAACAGUCCUUUGCUUCUUGACUUUAUUAUUUAUCCUGAAAAUGGCAUCCCCAAGUGAACUGACCGUCAUCAGUGCGGAGCUCUUACAUUUGCUGGCAGCUUUCAUACGUUUGCAAGAACUGCAGUCUUCUGUGGGUGCUCUGCAUUUUUAGCUCAGCUCUUCUAGGACAAAUCGCAGUGGAAUUGAACACUGGCCUAGCACCUGGCUCCCUAAAGGGCUUUGCUUGUUGCUGGCCUGUGCUGGUCCUCUAGUUAAAGGACCACCGUAAUAACAUGCUGUGCUGCUCCUGUCUUCUACCCAGUGCCCUCUGGCACAGCUUACCCCUCUGUCCCUCAUCAGUUUCAACAGCUGUUUAACAUACUCAAAGACUUCUGUUUAUAGUCAUAUGCUAGUGAUAAGUGAAUUCAAAGUUUGUUUUUCUCCCCUAUGAUUUGCUAACAGAUGACCAAUCUGAAUUAAUGGAUGGCUCAGCCAAGCUAUCAAACACUGAUAACUAACUUUCAGGGUUGCAGGAACUUAUGCUAGUUCCUCUGGGCUUAGUCUUAAUGAAGACCAUAAGAGGUAGCAGAGCAAAAAUACUAGUACCAUGUUCAGGUCCUGAUACAGGAGAGUCCCCACUAUAAAAAUCAGUUCUACGUAAUCAGAUUCCCCAAAAUGUCAUAUCCUUACAAUUUAAAUACAUGCUUUAUAUUUACUUUGCUUCUUUCUCUAACUUCAGGUAACCAGAUGUUGAAUUUUUUUUGUCUGCUAGAUUAAAGAUUCCUCUUCUAAAAGAAUUUUCAUCCCAUAUGACGUUUUGAUCUGCAAGGAUAAUUAACAAACGUAUUCCUCUUGGGGACGUGAGGAAGCUAAUGUUGCUACAUUAAAAAUACUUCAGAUCAGUUUUAAACUGAAUAGUAAUGACACUUUUAAUUCUAUUUUGGGUCAUCAUAAAAUCAGUUUCUGCCUCUAGCCAUCAUACAGAAAUUUAAAAAUACAAAAUUCCAAUCGUUCAGGCCCUUGUUCAUGGGAUUCAGUGAUAUGAUCACCAUUUGCUGAGUAAGGACUAAUGACAUAGAAGUUAUACGCUUAAAACGUUGUAUACAGAUAUUUGUAAUCUCACCUAGGUAGCAAACAUGAGAAGUUUUAGAGUGCGGUAGCAUGUGAUCAUUUUACACAGAUGCUUGCCAAACUGCAUCCUCUGAAGAAAUCGGGCUGUGUCUAAUGGCUCGAGUGUAGUGACGCUCAGUUCUUGGACUGCAGCUCUGCCAGGAGUGCCAAAGAAAAGUCUUCAUUGUUUCACAGCCAAUGCUUGCGAUAUUUAAUCUCCCAGAUGGAUAGUGGGGAUCAGGAUUCCAGUAACCCCAUAAGUAGUGGUUAUUAACAUGUACCGGCUUAGUUCAGGAUUUGGAAUAAUGCUCCUGUAUUUCUCGGCUGCAGACUGUCUGUUCUGUUUGUACUCCUUUGACGCUUCUUUUUCCAGUGUUGUCCUCAUCUUUCCUGACCCACCAAUCCAAUAUGUGGGUGAAUGUUAAGAUUAAAAUAAGCAGCAGCAUGGAUAAUAACUGGUGUGAAUUUCAAAACCUCUCUCUCCACUUUUUCCCUUCCCUCUUAGAGAUUUUUUUUGAGUGGUGCUCUAUAAUACCUGAAAAAAACCCUAAAAGUAGGGGAACAGUAGCCAGCUCUGAGUCUCAGUAAAAUGAAUACCACUUGUUGGAUUCUGGUCACAGAGUAUGGCUUGUAAAAAUCCCAACUGCAUAGAAGUUUCACGUGUCUCAUUCUUAUGCGCUCUCCUGUUGCUGAUGUCCCGGAUGCAGUGCUGGCUGGAAAAAAGGUACUCGGUGAGAUGCAGUUCAGAUGCCCAUUUAAGCAAUAUAGACCAUUAGACUAAACUGUCAUGGUUUCAGGCUAUCAAGAGAGUGUUGCUGGAUGAAAGGGUUCCAAAAUAGAUCAGUGGAGGCGUGGAGAUGGGUAAUAGCGUGGCACAAACCUGUGUAAAAAUACUUCUGGUACCUCUGUGCACAACUUAGUUUAGCUUUCACAAACUGUCCCAAAUCUGAAGUGUCGAAUAGCUGGAGAAGACCAUGGGGUAUCUGUCAGUGAGCAUAAAUAGGCAAAUCACCUUGGCAACUGGUCAAUAAUUUCAACGUUAGAAGCCAAGGUUAUACAAUUCAGGUUGUGUUUGGAUAGCAAGUCUAUCACUUCAAGAACUAGUACUGAACUAAAAUACGUAUCUUUGGCUAAGAGAAGAUGGGCCUUAAAGUGUAACACAGAAACAGACCAUAGUGCUUUUGAUUCAUCAUGGAUACUUGGUAAUGCUGAUAUUUAGAGGCUCAAUAAAUCUGUCUUAACAAAAGUUUGCCCGGAUGUUGAAUUAGGUGUCUUUAUUUCUGUUUGAAUUUGAUGAUCUCUGUAAAGAGAAAGUCUCCAACUUGUGGUCAACCUGAAAUUAUAUAGAAUUAAAAUAAGACUUGUUGCCAUAACUGCGGUAUUUUGUGCAGACCUGAAGCUGUCUCAAAGGUAUGGAGUUCUUAAGCAGUAAUGUGUGAUUAUAGAUUUUUAUAGUAAUAAAGACAUCAGCGCUGCAG